UGUCCCCUGGUUCGCGAGAUCGUUGAGAGUGAGGCAGGCGAAAAGGCAUACUUCUAUAUUCUUUAUGAGAAGGUUUCCUUUUCUGGGCAGGAAUUUUGUUUAUCUGGCCUGUGGCAGUGCUUUUCAAGAUAAGGCAGUAGACAUUCUGGGCCAUGUUAGGUGAAUUCCUGACGUGGAUCGGGACGACUCUGGGGCCAGCGGGGUCGUGCCUGCUCGCCCUGGUCGUCCUCCUGCUCAUCUUCUCUCCCGGUGGUCGUCCCAAAAACUUCCCGCCAGGUGUACCGAUAGUGCCAGUGUUAGGCUCCUUACCGUUUACGAAAGGAACAGUCUCGCGGUCCUUACUGAACUCGCUGAAGAGGAAGUAUGGAGACUUGGCAAGUUUCGGCAUUUUCAACCGGAAGGUCGUUUUGGUCAGCAACUUGAAGACCAUCAAGGAAGUGUUCUCGCAGGCGAAGACAGCAAGUCGGCCGGAGCUGUUUCUCACAACCGUUAGGAAUAAUUUACUCACGGAUGGUAGACACACGUUCUUAGGGAUUCUUGGGUCGUCGGGAGAGCUGUGGCAGGAGCAGAGGCGCUUCGUCCUGCGCCACCUGAGGGACCUGGGCUUCGGCAAGACCAGCCUGGAGCCGCUCAUGAUCCUCGAAGUCAAGGAGCUGAUGGACCACAUCGCGCUGCAGAGAGAUAAGCCGAUUGCCAUGCAGCGCUUCUUCAGCCGGUCUAUUAUUAACGUGAUCUGGGCGAUGGUGAUGGGCAAGAGGUACUCCUACGGCGACGCCAGACUGGCCACCCUCCUGAAGACGUUCAUCGCGCCGGCCGACAUCAACUUCCUCUCUCCUCUCCACUUCAUCCCCGGAGUGCUCAAGUUCGCUCCUUACUUGCCGUUCCUGAAGAAAGACGUCAAGCCAUUCAUCAGCGUUACCAAUUUCAUCAAGCACGAAGUGGAAGAAUUCCAGCGUGACGAGGCGGCGAGGAAUAGCGACUGUCUGGCGGCCUUGUAUCUGCGAGAGAUUGAGGAGCACAAGAACGAGCCUUCCUUCUUUCACAUGGAUCAGAUGGUAUCCGUGAUUUUUGAAAUGUUCGUUGGAGGAAGCGAGACCACGUCGAGCACCCUGACCACGGCGGUGUACCUACUUGCCAAACACCCGGAGGUCCAGAAGCGCGUUCACGAGGAACUGGACAGCGUGGUGGACCGAGACCAGCUGCCGUCCUUCUCCCAGAGGGACCAGUUGCCAUACACACAAGCUACUAUACAUGAAGUGCAAAGGACGCUAAGCCUAAUACCGUUCAACUUGCCUCACGAAACGGUGGAAAACCUCACUGUUAAUGGCUAUAUCAUCCCCAAAGGGACAAUUCUCAUCGCCAACAUCCAGGACUGCAUGAAGGACCCCGCCUUGUGGAGGAACCCAAAAGAGUUCGACCCAAGGAACUUCCUUGAUGACGAGGGGAAUUACAAACGAAAUGAGGCUUCUAUGCCCUUUGGAUCAGGUAAGAGGCAGUGCGUGGGAGAGCCCUUGGCCCGCCUCGAGCUCUUCCUCUUCUUCGCCUGUCUGAUGCAGCGCUUCCACUUCUACGACGUGGUCCAGGAAUCCUCCAGCAGUAGCAACCCACUCUUCGCAACCGUGCCGAAGUACACAGUGAGGGCUAAAGCGAGAUUCUGAAACUCUUUGCUUCGUGUUAAAAGCAAAGGAACUUCACUGGAAACGACAUUUCCGAAAUAUGAUAAUAUCAGUGUUGACAAUUGUUACGAUAGAAUGCAGUUUGUGAUGAUUUUUUUAUUCUCUGGAG